AUGAAGAAGAGCAAGUAUGACUUUCUUUGGUAUGUCUAUGUAUUCCAUGGGCAUAAAAUCCAUAAGUUCUAUGGUAAAGAAGGGAUGCAGCAGCAGGCCAAUCUUGAUGAGAAAUGGAGUUUCCGAUGCAAUUCGAGGCAUAGGGAAGCAAGUCAAAAGUGUACUCGUUGGGAUGUAAUUUCGCAGACCUGCUUCGCUCUGACCAAGGAAGAUACUGACAAAACGGUUGGGAGAGAGAGACUACCAGAGAAGAGAAAGAAAGAGGGAGAUGGGAGAGCACCCUGCUGCGACAAGGCGACGGUGAAGAAGGGGCCAUGGUCACCGGAGGAGGAUGCAACGCUCAAGAACUACAUCGAGGAGCAUGGCACUGGGGGCAACUGGAUUGCGCUGCCACACAAGAUAGGGCUGAAGAGGUGUGGGAAGAGCUGCAGGCUGAGGUGGCUCAAUUACCUGAGGCCCAACAUAAAGCAUGGCGAUUUCACCCCAGAGGAGGACAGCAUCAUCUGCAGCCUCUACAUUAGCAUAGGGAGCAGGUGGUCCAUCAUUGCCGCACAGCUGCCGGGGAGGACUGACAACGAUGUGAAGAACUACUGGAACACCAAGCUGAAGAAGAGGCUCCUGGGGCGGCGCAAGGACCACCUCCGCCAGAGCGCGGCUGUCGUGACCGAGGCAGCGUCCACCGGCGAGAACAUGAACGACGGUGAACCUGCGGCGCUGAGUGCGUCGGCCAUGGAAAGGAUCCAGCUCUGCAUGCAGCUGCAGAACCCGCUGCUGGGCGCCCACCACAACCCCCUGAUGUGGCCCGGCUGCAGCAGCAGGGCUAGUACCCAAAGCAACAACAGCUUCAACAGCAACAGCAGCUGCGUGACAAUAGCCGAACAAGGGCAGUCGUCCAGCUCGCUGAACGAGCACCUGAUGAUGAAUGCGCAGCUGGAGGGUGCUGCUGCCAUAGACAACAGCCUCGCCUCGCCGUCGAGCGCGGAGAACUCCAACAUGAUCAGCAUGGAGGCCGAGCUUGAAGAACUGCUCUACGGUGAGAACAAGGCCGCCGGCAUGGUCGACGGCGGCGGUGCGCAGCAGGUGGAUGUGGACUGGUGGAGCUAUGACCAGGCAGCUGGAAAGUCACCUGUGGGUUGCUGGGACUUCACCCCUGAAACCAACACGGUGUUCCUGGACUACGCAUCGGUUUAUGACAUCUAG